AUGUAACGUACUUCCGGUCCUUGUUUGGCUGGCAAUUUGAAAUGUGUACAAUGUAAAAUCGUGUUGUUUUCAUAGAUUUAAUGGCAAUCGUAUCAAAUGACACAUCCCAAAUCACUACUGCAAGAGUCCUAUAGUGACAUAUACUAGUUUAACGUCACUUUCUAGUCUCUAUACUAUGUUUAAAAGGAUGGCUGAAUUUGGACCAGAUUCCGGAGGUAGAGUGAAGGGUGUUACGAUCGUCAAACCCAUCGUAUUCGGAAACGUUGCUCGGUAUUUUGGAAAGAAGCGAGAGGAGGAUGGACACACUCACCAAUGGUCUGUGUAUGUGAAACCAUACAGAAACGAGGAUAUGUCUGCAUAUGUGAAGAAAAUACAGUUCAAGCUACAUGAAAGUUAUGUGAAUCCACUCAGAGUGGUGACGAAGCCUCCGUACGAGAUCACAGAGACGGGCUGGGGAGAGUUUGAGAUCAUUAUCAAGAUGUUUUUCAUCGACCCCAAUGAGAGGCCGGUGACUCUCUACCACCUACUGAAGCUCUUCCAGUCAGACUCUAGUGCCAUGCCCAAGAAGACGGUGGUCUCUGAAUUCUAUGAUGAAAUGAUCUUCCAGGACCCCACAGCCAUGAUGCAGCAGCUCCUCAGCACCUCUAGACAGCUGACCCUGGGGGCCUAUAAGCACGAGACUGAGUGUGAGCAGCACACACUUUUCCCAUCCAUUGCGGAGCUGGAGCUGCGGACGCGGGAGAAGCUGGAAGCAGCGAAGAAGAAGACCAGUCAGGAGAUCACAGACCUGAAGGAUAGACUGAAGGCCAGCAGAGAGACCAUCAACUUCCUGAAGGGAGAGAUACGCAAGCUGGAGGAGGAGGACCAUAUCAAAGACCACUGAUACACACACACACUGGGUGAAUCUCAAUUGUAUUUUCUGGAUUCCUCAUACCUUCUCUCCUUGCAUCCUUCUCAAAACUCAUUGGAACACAAGAUGUGAGGUUCCUUGCCUUGGAUCUUCUCUUCCUAUGUAUUUUGAGAAGGAGAUGAGAGAGGACGCAAUGACUCAUAGAUAUACAAUUGAGAGACACCCUAAAUUCCAAAUCAACCUAUAGGCCAUCUUCCCUAGGCACCCCUGUAGAUCUGAAGGGUUUGGAUAUGUGGAUGCAAUAUGGUACUUGUGACUCACCUUGUCUUCUGAUUUCUGAUAGGCUGGAUGGAGUUUCUGCCUUUUUUCUUCCACCUAUCCAACCCCUUCAGAGCAAAUGGAGGGGCUAGGGAGGAUUUGCUAGGGAUGGAUUUGGAAUUGCCCUAGUCUGGAAUCCAUACAGAAUAUCACUCUGUUUUACGAUUGUUUAAUUCCAUAAUAUAAUAUCUCAGAUACUUCGCAGAUGCUUUCAUCCAAAGUGACUUAGUCAUGUGUGCGUACAUUUGUCAUACGGGUGGUCCCUGGAAUGGACUCCACCAUCCUGGCAUUACUAGCACCAUGCUCGUCCUGACAGAGGACCUCAACAUCAUUGUUAUGGAUGACGUCACAUUGCACUAACAAUAGAGAAAUGUAGAGGUAUUCAGUUUGAAUUCCAGACUUAACACUGCCUAGCAGAAUGGUUCUAUAUGAUCCUGUACAUAACUAGAAAACUGAAGAUAAUCAAUGUUAGUUUCUCUCCACUCUCAAUUCAACUCAGAUUUACCACAGAAAGCUCUCAGUGUAACAUGGCACAUUUGUGUAGACUGGUCUGAAUGUGAAUCGGGUUUGUGCUUCUGUUUUUAAAAUUCAUUUUGAUGUAAAACUCAAACCAGUUUGUCUUUGAUUUCUCCUUUUGUAUAAAAUGAUUAGAACACGAUUGUUAGAACUGAUGGAUCAAACAUGUCUUAGAUGCUAUUCAGGGUUAUUUACAGAUUAUUGUUUUGUCAAAGAUUGAUCUCUUAAACACAUCUGGAUAGCCUGGGCAUGCCAUUGCCAACUGUCUCGGGAUCAAUACAUGUGUCAACCCUUUUGA